AUGAUGCACCACAUGCGACCGGAGGGUGAGGCCCGCGGCGGCUACGGUGGUGGCAACUAUGGCUACGGAAACGAUUCCUAUGGUUACAGCGACAAAGGAGGGGGUAAGGGACCCAGCUACGACUCCUACAGCACUGGCGGAUACCAGCAGAAUGGUAGGAGUUACUAUAGCAAGAUGAAUGUUGAGAGUGUUGCAACAUGACGAAACUUAAACUUUCAGUCCAUUCGAUUUUGCAUGAUUAGAGUCAAUGAAUAGAGUCAUAAUUAGAGUCAACUGUGAGCAUGCUUAUUCUAUUGACUACAAGCAAAACCAAAUUGAAACUAUUUCUUAGGCCCAUCAUCUAACUCCGCUCCCGGCUACGGAAAUUCCGCACCAGGUUACGGCGGCUACAGUCAGGGCGCAACAUCUACCUCCUACCCCGGAGCUGCUGCCGCUGCACCAUCAGGUGGGAAGUGGGGAGCUCCUGCCCCCGCCCAGGGCGGUGGAAAGGACGGCUAUUCGCCAAAAAGCGCUGGCGCAGUGAAGGGUGGCGGCAUGAAGUCGUCGUCCUCAAAAGGCGGAGCUCCACCUGCUGGCCCUGCUCCCGGCUACAGCGCUGCCGCGGGCUCUUACGGUGGAGGUUCUACUUACGGCGCAACUACAUCCGGCGCGCCGAAUUACACCCAGAGUUACGGCCCCGAUGGCGGUUACAGCGACGGCGGUUAUGCGCAUACCAAUUCUGUAGGAAGCUCCUCACACCACCCGUCGCCAACGGACAGUGGGUACUCCGCCGCCUACAGCCAGUACACCGGUCACUACAGCGCGCCGCCGAACCCAACAGCCCCUGCAGGCUACCCGCCAGGGCCCCCCGGAUCCUCCUCCCACCACCUCAACGGAGGUAGUUCAUCUUUCGGUGGAGGUGCCGCGCCGGGCUACAGCAACAGCGGGGCCCCACCACCACCCGCUAUGCCGGCGCACAUGCAGCAGAGCAGUCACUCCGCCUACCCAGGCAACUACGGCGCGCCACCACCGCCAGGCACGACACCCAGUCACCACACGCCAACCCCAAGCACCUCGGCAUCCGCCCCGAUAGCGACCGUUUUGGGCACGGCGAAUAACCCGGCGAACGCCCUGAAUUCGCUCGCGUUGCAGCCACCCGCCAUUCCGCCGCCAAACCAUCUGCAGGCUCAGUUCAUGGCACCAGGCAUGUUGAAGGGACCGCCACUGCCACCCCUGCCCGGAGCUGGGGGGAGCCCGCUGGACUCGAAAUUGCCAGGGUACAGUGAAGGGUUUGUUCUAUGCCUAAACACAAUAUCAACAUUUCAACAGUUUCACAUUCUUUUUCUUGCAUUUGGCAUGCGGAAUUAUAUUGAGCUGGCGAACAGCACCAGAUAUCCGAUAUUAGGAUCGUAUAGUUUUAGUUCCAUAAAUGUACUACAUCGCUCAUCAAUAUGAAUAUCAGGUUUUACGACGCUUCCAACAAUUGGAUCCCAAAAUACAUUAUGCAUUGCAAAAGUAUCGUACUCGUAUAAAUGCAUUACAAAUUUUCUCAGCAUGAGAAAUAAAAUUUGUAAUGCUGAUUUGCCUUAACAAGAUGAUUUGUAAUGCAUGACUGCAAUACGAGUGCGAUACUUUUGCACAGGAUAUACAUGGGCUACCUGAAGAGUUACAACAAGGCGCAGGGUUUAUGCAAGAAAAAAACUGUGUAAGUGUAAAUUUGUGUUGCAGAAGAUCCAACAGAGUUACACCUGUCAUGCCAGACAGCCACGAAGUCCUCUUUUCAUGUGUGUUUUCCCUUACAAACCACGCAUGACAGGUUUUCUCUGUCAUGUAGAGCAAAUUUGUGAUGCUGUUCCUCAAAGAAAGUUACACUUACACACUUUUUUUCCUGGAUAGGGUUACGGUUUUAUCUACUGCCUGGAAACUCACAAAAUCCACAACCAGGACGUCUUUAUCCACAAGUAUUGAGUUUGAAUUGAUUUUCAUUUUCCGAUGCUGCAUGAGUUGCAAGAUUUCGAUUUGAUAAGGUUGCCUGGUAAAAACUACAUGUUGACUCGGAAGAACUACUCGUCCAAGAACUUUGUUAUGUGUAUAGGGUCCCCAAGGGUAAAGCACUAACACUUGGAAAUCCCAGGGCCCAAGUCGAGGAAAAAAAGGACGGCGAGCCGGAAGUUGGGCAGUGGGUAGAGUUUGUCGUAAAAACCAACGAGAGAGGCCAACCCCAGGCGCGGAAUGUGGUCUGGCUGCCAGGUACCCGAUUCGUUUGCGUGGCAAAAUGGAAAUUGCAUCACGAAAAAGUAGAAAAAGAUGAACAGAUUUCUAUUUGUGAUGCAUUUUUGCAAGAGCGGUAGCGCAUCGACUCUUUCAUGCGUAGCAGACGGACAAAAGCGUAACAGAAAAAAACACAAAACAUCAGGUCGAAUUGAUCCGAGCCAGAUGGAAGGCGCAGCUGGAAAAGACAGUUCCUCACCCGGCGGGAAGUCCAAAGGCGGAACAAGUCGUAUAAUUUGACUUUAUUUCAUCAAUCUGUGAGCUUCGCUCGACCUUGCCCAACCUGUCAAAACCAAGUCGCUCUCCAAUAGAUACCAAUAUUUGCAGCACUACAUCAACGCAUUUGUUAUAUGCUGUUCAUGACGAGCAUUAUCAACAAUCUCUAAAAACAGCGAAAGCCAGUGGUGGCAAGAGUGGCGCGAAGACACCAGGGGCAACUACAUCGAGCGAAAACAAAGACGGUAUGAUUUUAGGAGGCAUGAUUCAUUCAGUUCUGUAAGUUUUGCAUGACGACUUGUAGUAGUAGUACAUGCAGGCAGUAAGUAAUAAAUGUGCAUGAAGAUUAUUAUAUUAAUGACGACUGCUAAUCGUAAACGUAAUCCAGACAAAAGCAGAACUUCGGCAAGACGAGGACAAAAGUUCAAAAAUGAAAAAUCACAGCUCCGAAGCAAGGCGCAGCAAACGGAUCAUCUUCGGGCAAAGGCGGGGAAGAAAAUCCGGAAAAUAAAGUGUACCACGGGUCCCUAAAGUCGUUCAGCCAGAAUAGCGGAUAUGGCUUCAUUCACUGCCAACAGCUAUGGGACCUCUACAAGCGGGACGUGUAUUGAAUUUUUUUUUGUUUCUUCAGCGGAGAGAAUCAAUUGAUUUUUCACUUACAUUCUUUGAGCCACCUGGAGGUGGUGAAGCAGAUCUUGAACUUUCGACUGAUUCGAGACUUUUGCCGCAUACAAGUAGUAUGAAAGUACUCGUGUGCACCAGCUGCGCCGUCCAGCAGAGUGGUAGGUGUUGCGUCGUCGAACGAUAAAAUCGCUGUGAAACUACAGGUACGUGCACAAAUCCGAGAUGCCUGGCGACGGCGAUCCACGGACCGGCAUUACGUGUGAUUUCCAAGCGACACUUAACCCAAAGGGACAGCCGCAGGCGAAAAAUGUCAUUUGGAACGAGUAA